UUUUUUGUUGCUAGUCACAGUAUAACUAGCGUGUCGUUUUAAAAAAAUUUCAAAUAUUUUCCUCAAACAUGAAGUUUGUUUUGGGAGGUGUAGUUGUUCUUGGUGUGGUAACAUUAACAAUAAUAGCUCAACAGACUAUCGAUCCAGCAUCUCCCUAUCCUUAUCUAGUGGGAAUUUGCGCUACCAACACCUCCUUUAAAUGUCACGGAAUUUUAGUCUCCAAAAAUAAAGUACUAACUGCUGGACAUUGUUUAGAAGGAUUGAAAGAAGUCCGAGUCUACCUCGCAGACCCUGGGAUGAACAAUUCCUGCACCUACAAUUCCAACGGUCACACGGUUAACUCCACUUUCAUCAAGCUCCACGAAAAAUAUGAAAACUUGGAAAACGGAGCAAUUAUGAAUGAUGUUGCCAUGAUUAAACUUUCACAGCCUGUUAAUUUAACAAACUUUAAAGUUGGCAAUCUAACUACAGCUCCAUUGAAAACUUACUACAAUAAAAAUAUUACUCUACAUAAUUCUGCUUCUAAAAAUAUUAAAGUAGAAGUAGGAGUAGAUGCAAAAUGUAAGGAUCUUUACAAAAACGUAUUUGUUGAAAAGGAACAAGGUUGCUUUAUAUCUCCAUCUCAUCAAGAAGAGGCGUUUGACGGAAACGGGUUUCCUUUGCAAUUAAAUGGGACUGUUUUUGGUUAUACUACUAUAGAUCCUUUGAAGAAGGUUUAUUGCGGGUUGUUCGUAGAUAUUUUUGCACAUUAUAAGUGGAUUCAUGAUGAGAUUAACGGCGGACAUAUGACUUUGGGUUGUUGUUUUAUAGUGUUAUUUGGCCAAAUUUUACUUUGGGUUGUAUUGUAGUAAUAUGAUAGUAGGUACCUACUUAGGUACUUAUAUUGUGAUUUUUUUGGGUAUGAUUUUAGUGGUUUUUUCCUAAAAAAAUCAACUAACUGACCCUGAAAUUAUCUAAAUGAAACCUUAAUUAAUGCAAAUGUUUUGACAUGUAUAUGUAAAUAUACCUAGGUACUUUGUUGAUAAUAAUUACCUAAUAAUUGAUAAUCUGG